AGAAAAUGCAAAUUGUUCGUUUUUGUUACGAGGUUUAAAACUAUAUAUAUGGACUUGAUGAAGCGUAACGAUUAUCAGUUGUUUGAAGUGAAACGGAGCCUACACAUCUAAGAAUUUCAACAUGAGGACUUUCAUUGUAUUCGCCCUGUUCGCGGUUGUGGCUGUGUCGGCUCGUCCCAACAGUACCUACACUGACAAGUACGACAACGUGGACCUCGAACAGAUCAUCAACAAUGAGAGACUUCUAAUUCCAUACAUCAAGUGCAUCCUAGACCAGGGCAAGUGCUCACCUGAUGGAAAGGAAUUGAAAGCUCAUAUCAAGGAAGCCUUAGAAGAGAACUGCGCUAAAUGUACAGACACACAGAAGUCUGGAACCAGGCGCGUGAUUGGACAUCUGAUCAACAAGCAAGCCACCUACUGGGACCAGCUGAAGGCCAAAUACGACCCUGAACACAAGUUUGUGUUGAAGUACGAAGCGGAAUUACGCACAGUCGCUGCUCAUUAAUUUCGAAAUGUUAAUUUAUUCAAAUUAAAAGUGUUGAUUUCAUAUUA